AUGAAAGGGCCCAGGCUAUGCUCAGCGCCGACGCGGGUCGACACGAGAGGAACUGCCUCCGGCAACGGCGUCAUCCUGUCAACCAUGGUGAGCUGGAGCUGGAGGAGCUUGGUAGAGCUGGACCAGCUGUGGGGGCCAAAGUGUCUGAGGCUGGGCUGGGGCCUUACCUUCACCCCCACCCCCCUGGAGCAGGGGGUGUGGAAGAGACUCUACAUCCACUCUGUGCAGGAGCUGAGGCUCACCUCACUGCAGGCGUCCUCCCCCCAGCAGCAGUUGGAGGCUCCACAUGUCUCCUCCAUCAGUAAACCUGAAGAUCUGUCAGAGGCGGUCUUCAUCAGUAAGGGGGGGGGCAGCCUCCAUCAGCCAGCCUCCAAGAAGCAUCUCAAGGACGGGGAUAAGAAAGGAGAAGCAGCCUGCCCCCCACCCUGGAGAGACUCUGACAGACGUCCUGCAGACACUCUGCGCUUCAACUACCUCGACAACCUGGACCCCCCCGAGCAGGCUCUGAAAAUGCGGCGGAGGACCCCCAGACUCCCCACCUGCAGCAGCAGCACACCGAAGAAAUCCCCGUCCGAGACACACUACAAGCUACGCAAAGCCAAAUCGAUGAUGUUCCUCAGCUCCAACUGCAGACGACCUCCUCCUCCUCCUCCUCCUCCUCCUCCUCCUCUUUAUUACGAGACUCGACCCUCUUGGGCGUCUCCCAGUCACGACUACCCUGUCACCAAGGAGACGGUCAGCAGCCUGAUGCGCCUCGCCCAGUGGAAUGCAGGGAUGCGCCCGGGGCCGGUGAGGUGGGCGGGGCCCCGGCCCAGGGGGGAGGCGCUCAGGGCGUCCCAGCGCUCUCACAGGAGCCCCCCCAGUGUUCCCCUGUUUGAGGUUCUUCCCUGGACUGUGCCUUUCUCAAACACACACAGAUGAAGCUCAUCGCCUCCAUCAGGAACACGUAAAAGCUACAGCAUCAAAGGGUGGAGUUUAUAUAUUUCAACAUGUAAUGUCGGAUACAACUGCAAUCUCUUGGCAAGGUAUUGAGUAAGAACCGCACUGCUAGUGGCAGGCUGAAAAAAAAGCCAAUUAUUAAGAGUCAUUUUAACUCAUAUCAUAUUUGUUUUACAAUAUGUGAAAAGAACUCCAGAAAAAGAUUUACAGAGAACAAUUUGGGAAGAAAAACAGUGAAAAAAAUCAUCUUAAAGGAGACAGUACUGUAAAUA